GGGUAUUUGCAACGCCCCUGCGACUUUUCAGCGGGCCAUGAACAUGGCUUUUCAUAAUUUCGUGCGGAAGACUCGCUUGGCGCAGAGCAUCAUCAACUACUGCGUGAUUGUGUACAUGGAUGACAUCUUGGUGUAUUCGAGCUCCUACAAGGAACACGUGCAGCACAUCGAAUGGGCAAUACAUGCGCUACGAGAUGCAGGUUUCAAAGUGGCGCUUGAGAAGUCCUCGUAUUACCGAAGAUUUAUCAAGGGCUUCGCGGCGAUUGCGGGACCCCUCACAAAUCUCCUGCGCAAGGAUCAGCCGUUGAUCUGGACAGCGGAGUGCGAUCAAGCGUUUUCCAAACUCAAGGCUGCUCUCAUUUCGGCUCAGGUCCUUAUAAGACCGGAUCCCGAAAAACCUUUUGUUCUCAUCACCGACUCGCGGCCAGAGGCGAUUUCGGCGAUCCUUGCUCAGGUAGGACCGAGCGGACUCGAGAGUGUAGUGGAAUAUGGGUCCAAAUCAGUGCCCGCCUGCAAACGCAAUUACGCCGCUCCAAGGAGUGAAUGCUAUGCGACUCUCUGGGGAAUCAGUCACUUCCGUGCUUACCUGUACGGGCGAAAAUUCACCCUGGUGACUGAUCAUGAGCCCCUGUUGGCUCUGAAGAAGUCGAAGGAUUACUCGGGCAUGAUCGGGCGAUGGGCAACGGUGCUGCAGAGCAUGGACUUUGACAUUCGUCAUCUAAAGCACGAGAGACACGGGAAUGCGGACGGGCUGACACGACUGCACCGGCCUGAGAAGGUUCCAAAGGGUGAGGAGACUUUUGAGGAGUUUUCCUUCUGCCUGACCCGAGUACAAGUGAAGUGGACGGGCACUAUCGAGCACCCCACGUGGAUCAAGAAUCCGGAGCUGUUGAUCAUACAGGGUUGGAGGACUAACACGGAAGGAGAUCUUAUUGGAUUCCUCUUUGGAUCGGUACGACCGGGUUGCCGUCAGUUGAUUGCACAGGAGCUCAUCGCACCGAUCGUGCAAUUGGCGGACGAUCUCUCGCCCGACAUCUACUUUCAGAGCGACAACAAUCCUGCUCCGUACAUUUUCCAGCGAUCCUUAGAUCCGUACCUUCAGUGGACUUCGUGCUUGGAGGAACCUAGGGACGAGGAUACGCUACCAUCGCGGCAGGAGUAUCUGAAGCCGUACGAGAUCAUCCUUUACGCCUUCUACCCGAGGGCAGAAGAAGUGGUGAUUGACGACAACGACGACGAAGAAGAAAACGACGACGAGGAGACAUCGGAGGAGGGAAGCUAUAGUGAACAUAGCGAGGGCGAGCUCAGUGAAGAGGAAGAAAAAGGAACCGGGUCCGAGUGGGAAGCCCCGCCGGAGGAAGCGACGAGUAUGGGAAUGGAGGCAGAAGAUCCGGAAGCGGCGCGAAAGCGCGAAGAGAUUGCCUCCGGAAAGCGCCAGCUGAGUCCUUUCUUGGUGUCGUGUGUCUCUUGUAGUGAGUUCAUGUCUGAAAGCUUGACCAUUGAGUUCAUUGAAGUAUCUCAUACUUUAUUUCACGAAGUAACCGACGUAGAGUUUGAACUACAGUUUGGUGGCUUCGAGUCAGUCAGCACGAUGGCUAGCAAUCAGGGCAAUUCUCAACCAAGGAAUGCAGGAUGUUAUAACUGCAGUCAGCUAGGUCAUAUAGCGAGAUUCUGUCACCUACCAGAUAAGCGGUUGGAUAGUCAGAAUGCAUCCACCAGUACAACUAUUGUCCCGCAUAAUCCUUCGUACGUUAACAGCACGGUAGCUCAUCAACCUCCGGAGUAUUCCUACUACAAUGGUGGUUAUUCCGGAGGAGGAGGUCUUUGGCAGAGGGUGUCUAACCUUGAGGACCUUAUAGCUAAGAUUAAAGGUAAGCACGAGGCGGAUGAAGUGAAGGAGAAGGCAACUUGGGAAGAAGAAGAAAAGAAGAAGAAAGAGAAAGAAGAGGAGGAAAAACGGGAGAAAGACAAGCGAGAACGAGAAGAGAUGCACUCGGUAUUUGCCAAGGAAAUGAACUCCAGGCUGGACGUGAUCAGCAACGCGAUUGGUGGGAAGAAAGACAAGGAGGAUAACGAAGAGGCUGUCACGAUGUUGCAAAAGGAGAUCUCGAACAUGCGAAAAGCGUCUGAAGCAAGGUUUGGUCUACUGGAAGAUGAGAUUGCUAAGGAAAAAAGGUUGAGCCAGGAGGCAGUGGCCGACGCGGAAGCAUGGAAGAGUGAGGCGCUGCAACCCGGGAACAAGAGAGGUAGUUUGGCGGUCGGGGCGUCUCCGGUCACGCUAGCGAGGGUGCGACCCAUGGUAACGCAGACAUUGACUCCUGAAGGUACAAGGAGGGUGGUGGAUGAGCAUUAUAAGAGUGUGGUCAAGCGCCACGGAAUGGAGGUUGACGUACUUCAGGAGAUGAGAAUGAAGGAAGUUAAGGCCAAACGAGAUGCGGAGGAGGAGUUGGCGAAGGUGAGGGAAAAGCAGUUAGAGGAUGAGCGAGAAAUGGACAGACUCCGUAAGCGAAUGAGAAGUUUGGAAGUCGAGAGAGGAUGUCGGGGGUCGGUUACAAAUUUAAAACAGCAGUUGGACGAGGUGGUGGAUGGUCGUUGAGAAAGACCGAUAGGACGAAGAAGUUUGUUAGUCCGGCCGGUCAUGUUAGCGA